AUGGGUAACUACAAUCCUUUCUACGACCCAAUUCUGGACGACAAUACAUACACGAACAAGACCUGGGCCGAAGUAUCAGGUAUCUCGGUCCAGGAGAUCCAUAUAAUGGAGGUUGAGUUCCUGAGCAAUGUUAGAUAUAACUUGUUUGUGACCGAAGAGGAAUGGGAUCAGUGGCACACGAAGCUCGGAAUUUUUGCAGCCUAUUUUGCCAAAGCCUCUCGACUUCCUCUCGAUAACGAGGCGCAACCCACCACACCGACUACUAUGCAACCCUCUCCCCAUCUCACCCCCACGACUCCCACCUCAACUAGUCACCUCCCCGUCCGAACUCCUAAGCUACCUUCGCCUUCCGGUCUGCCAUCAUACGUACCGCCACGACAUCAGAUAUAUACACCUGCGACUGCGCCCAUUUUGGGACACCCGAGUUUAUCUCCGCGUCAGUCGUCAUGGAAUGUAAACUCAACUUCGGGUCUGCAUCGAAAACGAAGCUGGGAUGGACCAGUAGAGGAACCUCCUUCCAAGAAAAUGGCCAUAUCCACUAUGUCAGGCCUGGCGCCUCUUCCAUCACUUCCACCUAUGACGGCUGUCACUGGAGGCCAUAUCCCACCUUUGACAAUUCCAUCCGUUCCACAAUCAGAAAUGCCCAUGCUACCCUCGUCUCUGCCACAACUUCCACGGCUCAAUUUUGCACUGGCGCAACAACACCCUGCUGGCCCGCCAUAUGCCCCUCAAUCGCAAAGCCAACCCCACUUCCCACAGUGCACUCGUGCCAUGGCCACAGUGUACCCACCACCCGUCAGCACCUGGAGCCAACGCACUCCACCAACCACAACAUUGGCUCCCAUAUCGCAUACCCUUCCUAAUAACUCUACCAACUAUCCCGACCAAUCCAAACGCCAAAGCCCAUCGUACGCCUCAACCUCUGCCGCUAUAUCUCCCGCUCUUUCUGCAUACUCUGUACAUACACCCACUCGGCUUUCCCCAUCCUUCAUCGACAGAAACUCCCCCUACCGACCCGUUCGGCAAGUCAACACGCUGCUGUAUCCUCCCCCAUCCGCCUCCAUGAACCACGUUCGUCAUCUCCCGCUCGACCAGAUGCACUACCAGCCAUUGGGGAAGGCCGUAACCGAGCGGAAAACUGGCGUCCUGCCUUACUCCCAUAACAGCAACAGCGGUGAAAUGUGGUGUGAAUCGCAACCGUACCUGCAUUCCAGCUUUCCGCAACACCACCAUCAACAUCAUCAACAACAACAGCGGCAACCACUAUAUCCAACCCAAUCGUUUCAUUGA